AUAUAGAUUGAUUCGUCCAUAAGUUGGUAAUCGAGUUGGCUCUCUAGCCAUAUGUUAAGACAUAUCAUGAGCUCUAAACGAGCCAGCUCACGAGUUUAGCUCAACAAGCCACCGAUUCGAGCUAGCUUGCGAGCUGAACAAAGGUGAGCUCGUGUUCAGCUCGUUUAUUAACGAGCCGAGUUUAGAACGAGUUUUUCUCGAGUCGAACACCGAGCCGCUCGCGAGAAGCUCGGCUCAUUUGCAGCCCUAGAUGUGAUGGACGAUCAGUCAGAUCAUGUGCUCUAUAAUAAUAAUUGUCUUCUGUCAAUAUCAAUUAUGAAAACAUUAUUAAAGUUCAGAGCCAUUACUAUGGAUAGACUAUUACGUUUGGAGCAGAAUCAACUGUUCAUAUGGAUGGAUGGCAAAAGGCAAUUGGCAAGCAAGCAGGCAGCCCAGCCUGCAUUGCAUUCCCGCCUUUCUUCUAGCAGUGGGAGUUGGUGAGAUUACUGUUUGGCCAAAAAGACUGCAACUUUAUAAUCCCUUUCAUGAAAGUUUUCAGGUGUUUGAUUUCAACACAGAUAAUGAAGGAGGUGUGAAGUUCCAGCCUCAAAGGAUGGAGUUAUUAGGAUCUAAAAGGCGGGGAAGGGUAUGAAAAUCAGUGUCCAUUAAACCGUACCGUACCGGCGGUUCAACCACGAAAUAUCAGUAUCGGAGGCUAAACCGAUAUGCGACAUUUACCGGUAUAACGGUUGAAUUACGGUUAAACCACGGUUUUACCAUAAAAUACCCUACCGCUGAUUUUCCCGAUACGGUCUCCGGUACGGUUUCAUCGACCAUGCUGAAAAUAUAAAGGCCAAUGAUAUUAUGAGUACUUGACCAGAAGACCAUCAAAAUGGAAGAGGUAAAGUGGUGUAGUAGUCCAGACAAACCAAACCAGUAUAUAAUUUCAAAAUCAAUUUGGGGUUAAUGGGGGUGGGUACCUUUUGGAUCUUCUCUUUUAUAAAGUCAUACUCAUAAAUAAAUAAUUAACAACGUGAAAGAGAGCUCCUCUAGGGUAUAUAUGGUUUUGCUGUCAACAACAAUAUGUAUGAAUCAUCAAUGUCAUAAUUCAAGUUGUGGGAAACAACAAAUAUUUUAAAUAAGUGAUUUGAGUCUGACUUGGAUAUUAUUCUAGGAUGAUGAUAUAAUAUAUGAUAUGCCAGCCAGGAUGUUCUAUAUCAAAGGGAUUUUGAACUUCAUGGAAAAUAACUGGUUAUUGUUCAUUCAAGUACAAUUGGAGGAAAUUUUGUUCUUUUAAAAGGCAAUGUCAACAUACAACUACAACUAAAUUAUCCUAACAAAAUCUACAAUUGAAUGGAAUUAACAUAAUAGUCAUUAACUGAGGUUGUCUGGAGGUGUAAAUGAUAAAAAAAAAUUAAAAAAUCCCCUUCCAUUGUAAUUUUUAAAUACAUUUUGAAUAUACGAAGAGAUUGUAAGUGAUUUUUUGUUCAAAUUCAUAGGCCAAUUUUGUUCGUCAUAGUGCAUAAGGUCCAAAAUUGAGACUAUUUAGAGAUGAAUUAAAUGGUCAAAAUGAUAAUUAUGAGGAAAACAUCCUUAAACGAGGUUAUAUUUAUGCUAGACAAAGUCAAUAUAUAUUAUCUUUUAUCAUCAUCAAAUUGAAAUCUUCUUAAGCUUAAUACACAAAGGAUAAACUAUUCAAAAUAAAACAAAAAUAAUCACCACUAACCAACAAAAAACGAAUUUCAUGCAACAAAACACGUAUAUCGUAAUACUGUAUACAUACUGCCCAUUAUUUGAGAGAACAACUACAAUACCAAUCCUACAAUCAUAGUACUGUCGUGGAUAGCCAACCAUACAUUGUAUUUGUGAUCUUGGAAACAUUGGUCUGUCAGACAAAACAAUUAUAACAUCCAUCAACGAUCAUUUAUCUACCUAUAUCAACAUGAAACGGACAUCACACAACACUCUGUAUUUCGUUUCGCGUAACGUGACUCUUACGUAUUAAGUGCCACAAAGAAAACAUAACCAACAUGACUUUGUGCCAUGGGAGAGUAUAUAUGGUGCAUGUGAUGUGUGCCACCCACCCACCUCAACAACAACACAUGUAAAUAUUUAUAAUACUAAACCAGUGAUUUGUAAUGAAUACACGAUUGCAGCAAUUCCUCGGUCAGAACAUGAAUCAUGCUACAACGCCGGCGGCAAUUAUUACAGCAACCCACCACCGGCCACUACCGCAGUCACCUUCUCUGCCUGGAUUUCGAUAUAACUAAUGCUUUACAAUCAUAGCUGCCUGCCUUGUUGUGUUCUUUCUUUGGUCGCCAAAAGGACCGAUUAUAUAUUCUUGGCGUUAUAAUAUGGUGUUGAUGUUGUCGUCGGAACCAACAACAGCUAUCAUUACCCUCAUUAGUCCACUCUUUUUAAUAUACGGUGCUAGCUGCUGCACAACGUGCUGCGAUUUCUUUCCACUUGUUUAAUGCUCUCUUCCAAAAAAAUUUAUCCCUGGUUUGCUCUAGCUAAUUCUCUUGCAUUUUCUUGGUGUGUGCUUUUGUUUAUGAAUGCGGUAAUAUUAUUCAUCGACUAGUUUUUGACGCUACCAUUAAUCGACUAGUUUUGUGUUGGAUAUUUUGUGUAGUAUAUUGUUGAGCCGUCGUAUUUGGACUUAUUAUGUAUUUAUAGCCGAGUGAUUGCUACUCAAUAUACUCUAUAAAAUGUUUGUUGAUAUAUCUCGCACUAUUUUUCGUGAAUAGAAGAAUGUACAUUGGCUCCUUCUCCGUCCUAAGAACCCUCAACCUACUAGUAAUCUACCUCCUUGAAUCUCUUCAACGGUCACUCGUAUUGAAUAUACAGCUUUUCAUAAUGGUAGCGUAGAACAUUUCUUCUAAGAUGUUUUGUUUGAAGUCUGCCUAUCCGAUACGUUCGGCUCGAGUUACUUCUUGGUAAUUUGUUAAUCUAUCAAGACGUUUUUUUUUUCCUUCUGUAAUAUAUGUCAUGAAUUUAUUUAAUUUUCUUUGGUAGGAUAUCAAUCUUUUAGAAUGAUAAAUCAUAUCACCCUUGUAAAAGAAAUAUUUUAGAAUAAAGUUAAAUGCUUAAACACCAUGCAGAUACUGUCAUUAAAUCCCUAAAUCUUGAACUACGAAUUUUUUUCAGAUUGAAAAUCAAUAGUGUGCUUUAAAAAUGACUUUCCACCAUUCCAAUAUUUGAUUGCCAUUUAAAAUCCAACGGGCGAAUAAUAAUUAAUGAAUUACGGACUCUCUGAUCACCUAUAAUAAAAUAAAAAAAUUGAGGAAAAAUCUUUAAAAAAAAAGAAUUUUUAUCCAUUUUCUUAUUUGUUUAGCAAAUUUCGUUCCCAUUCGCAGGAAGGGAGAGAAAUAGGAAAAGGAAAAGCAAAAAAGGACCAAUUAACAGAGUCAACAAUUCUCCAUUAAAAAACAGUCAACAAUCAAUUCCGCGCACAGUUUUGAUGACGUGUUAUUUUACUGUGGUUUUCUUUUUAAAUUUGUUAAGUGUGCACGUUGUUUACUCGCCUGGCGCGUAUAUCUCUCUCAUAAAAAAUGGCCCUUUUAACUUUUGAGAAUAAAUAAGGGCUUGUUUGUUUGUGUCGUACUUUCAAAAUCUUAUUACUUGAAGGAACAACAAACAAAAAUGUUGCAAUUUUUUUCACAAACAUUUUGGAAUUAACCAAUGUCAAUCCUAAAUUCAUUUGAACAAAUAACAAAUUUUGAAUACGCACAGGGUGGACUCAUUUGGUGUGGGGUUAGAUUAGAAUGAUCUAGUCAAUUGGAUGGUAAUUUAAUCAUUAAAAACAUUAACGUUGCAUUGUAAACAAGUUAGCAAUGAUUUUUUCCCAUGCAACCGCCAACUGAAACCAAACCCACACUUCUAACAACAGAUGUUAUUUUUUGUCAUGGUUCUUCGCUGUAUUUGAAGUCUCAUUGGUCAUUAGGAUAAGAAUUAAAUCUAUCUUUCAUAAACAUUAGUUAACUAUACAGAACAAACAUUAGUGGUCUAAAACUAGAAAUGCAAAAAGGGACAUUUAUAGUUACUUGAUGAACUGCCCUUUCGAUUCAACAAAACCUAACUUGAAAUCGCAUAGGCAACUUUCUUAGGGUUCAAACUUUAGCAAAAACUCUACGCCCCAUAUGAAUUUUUGUGGUGCCACCUGAACAUUUCGAAUUUCACUGCCAUUAAACUUUGUGAAUUUAGACAAUGCUUCCCACCCAAAUGCCAACUCGUUCACCCUAAACUUAAACAAAAGGCGAAUGAAAUUUGUUGUUACUAACAAUCAACAAACAAAUGAAUCAUCUACAUACAGAUAACUAAUGGAACGAGCACGACCAGUCACUAGUAAUGUGCUAACCUCUUUCGUGCUUGCAUAAUGAAAUUUCAGCAAUACAAUCAAUAGUAAUGUUCUUGCAAAAUACAAAGAUUGAAAGGGUACAACAUCGACACCUCUUUAACUUGUACCGUUAUAGAAGAUGGGCUCCCCAAACACGGCCUUAGAGGAACUGAAACUCAUCGGCUGCUUCAAUUUUCCGUUUUCUCCCGUCUCCCUGUAAAUAUAUAAAAACGAAAACCGCAGUCUCUCUCUUAGACCUCAGAAACUGAAAAUAAUAAAGCCAAGAAAACCCUCAAUUUUACUCCCUCCGCCUUCCCCUCUCUCUCUCACUCUCUCUAGAAGCUUAGACUCGACCAAAUGAAUCAUUCCCGCCCGGCGGAGCCCACCAUCGCCUCCGCCGCCGCCAGAACACCCUGUAUUAGAUGAAGAACGCACCCUCCCCUGCUUUCCUCCGCCCCAUCGUAGCUUUCUCAGCCUUCGCCGUCCUUUUCUGCCUUCCGCUACUCUCCCAUGCCCUGGGAUCCGGCUCCACCCUCGCCGUCAUCUCCGGCUCCCCCACCGCCUGCGGCAUCGUCUCUUACCAGGCCACUCAGAGCAUCGUUUGUUUCAGACCACCAGGAGCCGGCGGCGGCGGGGGAGGAGGAGGGUAUCUGCAACCACCACCACCACCAAUCGUAACGCUUCAACCCAACAUCUCCUUCUCCUCGAUCUCCGGCGGGCAGGAUUUUUUCUGCGGGGUCCGUUCCGGCGGCUACGCUCUGCUCUGCUGGGAUACAUUCUCGCCGGAUAACAAUUCCGCCAUUCCCAACCAAGUCAAGCGAAUCUAUUUCAACACCUCGGUUCUGUUACAGAGCGUGUCUGUUGGUGGUGAUCGGGUUUGCUCGACCACGGCGGCGGCCGGUGGGGAUUCGGAUUUGGAUUCGAAUUCAGGAACGGUGAGAUGUUGGAGAGGGGAUGAGAUUACUAGAUCACAAUUGCCUCCUAGUGGCGAGAGAUUCAGUGAAAUUUCAUCUGGGUAUGGGUUUUCUUGCGGGAUUUCGGUUAACGGGAGCAGAAUUCGGUGCUGGGGAAGCCAGCCGAUCGCGCAGAGAAUCGAAUCGGGAUUCGGGAGUAUGUCGAUGUUGAGUGUUCAAGCCGGAGGGUCUCACGUAUGCGGAGUGAAUUCGACUGGGUUUGUGGUUUGCAGGGGAGACAAUUCCUCCGGACAGCUCAACGCUCCCCUGAAUUCUCCGCCUCUGGAGUAUUCACAGUUGGCGCUGGGAGCCAAUUACAGCUGCGCUCUUCGUCGGAGCAAUGGGUCGGUGGUUUGUUGGGGUGGAGACGGAGGGCUGGGGGUCAACGGGAUCGAAGGAAUCUUCUUUGAGUCCAUCGUCUCUGGCUCGAAUUUUCUCUGCGGCAUUUUGUCGAACAACUUGUCGACAAUUUGUUGGGGACCCGGAUGGCCCAGUGCAGGGUCGAAUUCGAAUUCACAGCUCUUCCAGGUACUUCCAUUGCCUCCGAUUCUGCCAGGUCCUUGCGUCGAAUCAUCUUCCUGCGGUGAAUGCGGCGUGUAUGGAGAUUCUCAGAACUGGUGCAGCGGUUCAGGGGUAAUCUGCAGGCCGUGUGGGUUCAACGUUUCGACAGUAGCAUCGUCUCCGCAGGAGGCGCCGUCGCCGCCAUUCCCUCCAUCGCAGUCGCCAAUUUCACCACCACCGCCAUCAUCAUCAACAACAAGUUUGAGAAAGGGGUUGUUGUCGUUCGCCAUUGUCGGUUCACUCGGAGCUUUUGCAGGCAUAUGCACAGUCUUUUACUGCCUGUGGACGGGAGCUUGCCUGGGCAGGAAAAAAGUCCACAACUCCGUGCAACCCACAAUCACCAGAGCAGGCUCAAACAACGGCGGAGGAUCGAACAAUUCAAACAACAGCGGCGGCGGAAUCACCACCAUCACCUCCAGAUCCUCGACCAUCCGGCGGCAGAGCUCGAAAGCAAUGAGGCGCCAGAGGAGCGGGACCUCAUCCAAGCACGCCGAGCCCCGAGCCGAAGAAUUCACCCUCUCCGAGCUCGCAGCAGCCACCGACGGGUUCGCAGCAGAGAACAAGAUCGGCUCAGGAAGCUACGGCAUCGUCUACAGAGGCAAGCUCGCCGACGGCAGGGAAGUUGCGAUUAAAAGAGGGGAAACGAGCAAGAAGGCGAAGAAGUACCAGGAGAAAGAGAGCGCGUUUGAAUCGGAGCUCUCUUUCCUCUCUCGCCUCCACCACAAGCAUUUGGUAAGGCUCGUCGGGUACUGCGACGACGGAGGCGAUGAAAAGCUUCUUGUGUACGAAUACAUGAAAAACGGAGCUCUCUACGAUCAUCUCCACGACCGGAACAACGUCGAGAAUUCGAGCAGUUUGAUCAAUUCGUGGAAGAUUAGGAUCAGAAUCGCCCUGGACGCGGCCAGAGGGAUCGAGUAUCUGCACAAUUACGCGGUCCCUCCGAUCAUCCACCGGGACAUCAAAUCGUCGAAUAUUCUCCUAGACGGGAAUUGGGUGGCCCGGGUGUCGGAUUUCGGGUUGUCGCUGCUGGGACCCGACCCGGAGAGGGAGUACCGGCCGACGAAGGCGGCCGGCACGGUGGGGUACAUUGAUCCGGAGUACUACAGCUUGAAUGUGCUGACGGCGAAGAGCGACGUGUACGGAUUGGGGGUGGUGUUGCUGGAGUUGUUGACAGGGAAGAGGGCGAUUUUUAAGGGGGAUGACGGGGAAGGGACGCCGACGAGCAUAGUGGAGUACGCGGUGGCGAGGAUCGCCGGCGGGGAGCUGUGGGGGAUACUGGAUCGGCGGGUGGGGCAGCCGGAUGUGAAUGAGUCGGAGGCGGUGGAGCUGGUGGGAUACACGGCGAUGCACUGCGUGCGGCCGGAAGGGAAGGACCGGCCGACGAUGGCGGACAUUGUUGUGAAUUUGGAGAGGGCAUUGGUGCUUUGUGAGGGCAGCCAUGGGAGCAUCUCCAGCGGGACAAUCUCCAUUGUUUCCGAGUGAAUAGUGGUGCAUUUUUUUUUUAAUUUGGGGGUUGAUUUGAUGAUUUUGGGAAGAUGGGGGAUUAGUUGAGAUAGAUGAUAAGAGUUUGGGGGGUUGAAUUUCCAUGAUUCGUUGAGAUUCUUCGGAUAACCCAGAUUGAUUGAUUGUUGAAUUCAUCAAAUUCAUAUAUUUUUUGGGUGGGGUGACCCGACCCGGCUCCUUUUGUUUGUGGUUUUCUUUCUGUAAAGAAAAUUAGGCAGAUAGAUUGUUUUUAAUUUUUAGGCUUUAUUUUAUUUUAGUUUUGAUUGAUUGUUCUUUCUUUGGAGUAGGCCAUUUGCAAGGGUUAGUGGGAGAUUUUCUUUCUUCUUCUUGUUAGGGGGGAAAUGAAGAAAAUACAUAUAUAAAAAUAGGGGAAGAAAAGGAGAGCUUCCAAUCCAUUCCAAAUACUGCUUUUCAAACUUUUAUUCUAUUGGUUUUCCCUUGAUUGUUCAGUGUUCAUAAUAAUCACUCAUUAUUUUGAAAAUAAUUAUCACUAUUGAAUUUGAAUGGGAAGAUUCAUUAUAAUCAGUUGAACGGUUUGCCAAGUAAUAUGUAAUGCAAGUUUAUUUCUAAUUAAUUUACAAACAAUGAAAAACAAUGUCAUUCAAGUGGACAUAAACGUCCCUUAAUCAUUAAGUUAUUUUUUUAUGUCUCGAAACAUGGUGAUCUACCAUUGAGAAUGUUCCAAAUCAUAUAAUGAUUCAGUGAUAUAUAGUGAACAAUUUUAUUUUCUUCUCUCCAUGUUUGUUGUUCAUAUUUUCUCUAGCAAUAUAAUUAUGGAACCAAAUGAUUGUGUCAUCUUUGAGGGGAAAAAAAGUAGAAGACCAAAAUAGAAAUUAGUUGCAAAAUUUUCUAUGUCAACAUUGGCCUUCCAAUUCCAAGUCAUUUGUAUCAAAACUGUGAACAGGCAAGGAAAAGAAACCAUGAAUAAAACCACCAGUCAUUAAUAUAAUUGCAUUUUUAAUAGCGCAUUUGAAAAUGACACCCAAACUCCCAAAACAUUUUUUUUCUUUUAAAAGCAAUUAAACAAUACAAAAUUUUCACGUUGACACUCAGAAUCAUGAAACCACCAAAAAAAAAAAAAUUCUAAAAAUUCUAAGUAGAGACAGAAUUUCUCCAUUCUUUUAAAUCGCGAGAUUCACACGAUUAUUCUUCUUUCAAACUCAAUAGUUGGUUACCAAGGGUUCCCUUUUGUUCCAUGCAAGGGGAGACUUUUCAGCUCCCCGGAAAUAGAUGGAGAUACCCAGCAAGAAAGAAAGAAGGCAAAUGGUCCUGUUAUUUUGUGGGUGGCACAUAAAUAAUUAUGUUUUAAUAAGUUCACACACGUUUAAAGGGCUAAAUUCUUUGCUCUUUUGACUUGCUCCGAAGUUGUUGUCGCUAUUUCGUUUUGGGUUUCUUUAUAAUUAAUGUAAAACCAUGCGGUGCCUCCACAUUUAUAUCAAUCGCACCGUGGCUGCCAAACGGAAAUUGAUCAUUUUUAAUAUUUUCUCAAACCGGCUUGUGAACCAGCUGAUAGUUGUUUUCUUGAGCUUGUGACCAGAGAUUAUUUUUAAAAAAAUUAAUUGUGGGAGGUGGUGGUGAGAGAGAAGUCAGAGACGGUGGCCGGUGAACCACUUCCCAUGACCCACCACCUUCCACCGUCACCGUCGUCGUCUUGCUCCUCCGGCGGCCCCCACCACCGUUGCUACUUUUUUUUUUUUUUUGGGGUGACAUUUAUGUAGCUGUUUGGUUAAAUGUGUGUACAAAUUUAUUGGGCGGAAGACUGAAGACAGAUGAGUGAAAAGCGCAAGAUCUGCAGUUGGGAUUUAGGAAUGAGUCAAUUCAGUAUUCAUUCAUAUCCAAAACUGGUAAAAGAAGUUGAAUAGAACAAAAUGGAGGAGAAGGAAAUGGAAAAUAUAUGCAAAAAGUAGUUACUGUGUAAGGAUCUUUUGUGAUAAGAUCUAGCUAGCUAGAUUCCAUUUCUCAUACAAUUGAAUGCUUGCUUGCUGUACUUGUGCUCCAACGACUGUUAGUUAGGAGGAAGGGGACGACUAUGAAACUACAACUAGAGGAGAUUGCUAAAACUAUUUAUUUUCUGACAAAAGAAAAUAAUUGUUAACGAUUUGACUGAUUUGCUACCGAAUAUUACUGUUAUUGAUUAAUCCUACAUGUUAAUUUAUGUUAUUCGUUUAGAUAGAUGUACCUUCUUGAAAAUAUUUUGUAUUAUUGGUGUAUUGGCAAUCCAAUGUCUAAUGUAAUAAUCUAUUGUCAAUAGUAACAAGACGAGUAACGUAACUUAGUGGUAAAACUUAAAUAAUGAUCGAGAUCCGUUCUCAUCGAACAAUACUCUGCGCACCAUUGUGGUUGAAGUGGUACUUUUUGUGAGGAUUCUAGCUUUGGAAUUUUAAGAAGCAAGAAAUUUUUUAAAAAGGAACAAGUUUAGUGACUACGUUUUAUUAUUAUGUGCAUCUCGCUUGUUGAUAGGGAGAACAACUUUAUCCAAAUUCACGAGUGUUUUGUAUUUACUUAUCCAACUCAACUGAGUUGGGAACACAAUCCAAACUCAUCAUAUAUACUUCACACAUAGCUUAUCCCAUUGUAAACGAGUUUACUUGAGUUUAUGUAAAAUACGGAUAAUUUGUCAUCCCGACUCGUCGGAGAAUGAAACCUGCAAAGACUCUACCAUGCAUUUCGGUAUAGGAAACAUCUUCAAGGAUCAAAUAAUCCAGCCGUGUGAGGAUUUCUGGAUGUCUGAAGGGGAAAAUUUCCCGCAAAUCCAUUAUUGUUUUCCCCGGUGAUGUACAAGCAUGAUCGAGAGACUAGUCGAGUGCCGGCCGGUGGAAGGGAUCGAUGUUGUCUCUCUCGAGUACUGGCCGGGAACAUUAUCUUGUCUUUCCGGUGAAAGGGUUUUCACCAAUUUGGUACCUGGAAUUUUUUUGCUUGAUUUUUAUAUCACAGUUUGAUUUGGACAGCUCAAAAUGAAAGGAAGGGUGGAUGGAUGUCGCCAUCCAUAAAAGCGUAGGUUUUCA